CGUUGGCUAGGUGGCUGCUUCAGCUUUAUCUCAGCGCUAUUGCAGCCUGCAGCUGGGGUGAGGAAUUUUGCCAGCCUUGCUUGUUUGGGCAUUGAAUUUGGGCAUUCUUAAACGCCAGCUAUAUAUAGGCUGCUUUGGCUUCUUCCAGAGCUAUUACUGGCUGCAGCUGGGGUGAGGAAUUGUGCCAGCCUCACUUGUUUGGGCAUUGAAUUUGGCUUUAUUAAACGCCAUCUAUAUAGACAUAGAUAUUUGGCCCAGGGGAAGCCCCCUGGUGGCCAUUUUACACGGCAUUCUGUUUGGUGUCCAUUUUGCCUGGCAAGCAGCAUAGCCCAGUCUAAUCUAAUUUGUCAGACCUCAGAAGCUAAGCGGGGCCAGCCCUGGUUAGUGCUUGGAGGGAGGCCGGGUUUCAUUGGCAGAGGAAGGGAAUAGUAGACCACCUCUGUUUAUCCUUGGGUACAGGUAUACGUAGGUUUUAGAGCCACGAUGCCUAAAGGAAAGGCCAAAGGCCCAUCUAAGGGCAAGCAGGCUGCCAAAAAGCCUGCUGCAAAGCGUGUGGUUCCAGCUUUGUCUUCCUCAGAUGAGGAGGAUGGGGGUGUGCCUAUUUCCCAGAUUUUGGCACGCAUUGCAGCGCUGGAGAAAGCCAGGAGCGUUCCUCCUGCAACAUCAGGGGGGACAGUACGUCAGAAAUCCAGUCGGCUAGCCACAAAGUCGGCUUUUCGACGCGAUAUACUCACACGUCUUUCUGCCCUUGAGGAGUCUGCAGGUGUGACGGCUGGCUCGUCGAGCGGUGAUGUCCAGGCGGCUGGUGAGGUUUUGGAGGUCCAAGAAGCCAGUGGUACUGAACAGGCCUGGGCGGAAGAAGGUGGGCCGCUUGCAUUGGCUGUGGAACCUCCAGUGGCUGAAUCCGCUGAAGAUACUGAUGGCGCGAUUUCGACAGCUUGCCCCCGAAGCCGAUUUGCAGCCGGCUCUGAUGCCGCAAUUUCUGUGGCAGAUUGGAGAGCAGAAGCGUGCAGGGCCAUUCGUUUAGCAAUCGCCCCCAGUACUCAGAGAGCUUAUGACCGGGCGGUGCGACAGUUUGCUGCUUUUAGACAGGCGGCUGGUCUGCGGCAGGUAUGGCCAAUUCCAGCUGUUCACCUUAUGCAGUUUUGUGUCGACCGCAAAGGUAAGGGUCUGGCAGUCAAGUCAAUUCGGAGUCAGCUGGCAGCCUUAGCCUUUGCCAGUAGGGCUCGGGGCCUGUCUGAAGCCACUGGUGAUUUUCGGAUACGGAAAAUGUUGGAGGGGUGGUCCCGGGAAAAGGGAGCUCGGAAGGAUGAUAGAUUACCCAUUUCUCCUUCCGUUCUCCGGGGACUAAAUUCAGUCUGGGAAGAUGUUUGCCAUUCUAGUUUUGAGGUCCUUCUCUUCCACGCUGCUGCCUUGACGGCAUUUUUUGGAGCGCUGCGGGUGAGUGAGCUCGUCUCGCUUUCCGCUAGGGACACGUCGGGGCGAGCGCUGGUAAUGCAGGACCUUAAGUUUAAAGGCAAGGCAGCCAUACUUAGGGUUCGGCGUUCCAAAACUGAUCAAAGAGGUUUUGGGUGUGAGAUAACGCUUGGUCCUUGUGCAGAGCAGGAGUUGUGCCCUGUACGUGCCCUGCGUUUGUAUGUGCAAGCCCGGGGAGAGAGCCCGGGGGUCCUAUUCUGUCAUAGUGAUGGUAGACCCCUGACGAAAUAUCAAUUUUGGGCGGUGACUGGAAGAGCGCUUGGCAAAUUGGGUUUCUCGGGCGUCAGAUUUGCAACGCAUUCUUUUAGGAUUGGCGCUGCCUCCACGGCGGCGGCUAUGGGUUACCCUGGGCCGGAAAUACAGAAGGUUGGGCGUUGGCGUUCAUCCGCGUACCGGUCAUAUAUUCGGCCGCUUCCUUAGGUUGAGCAUGUGGUUAAUGCUGUUCUUUCUUUUAGGUGUUGUGUCUCGCCGUGGGAGGCUUCGGAUCCUCAUCUGCGGGCACAGCAUGGUGUUUUGGGCGGCCCACCAAGCCAAGAGGACGCAGAUGGGGUCCCAACUGGGGCUCAGUGAGUGGGCCACGGUGGAAUGGCAGGGCCGGCGGGGCCUUAGGUGGCCUGGGUUGAUGCCGCUGCUGUUCAGGGAAAGGAGGGGGCUCCCUCCUCAUAUCCUGGUCAUCCAUCUGGGUGGGAAUGACCUCGGUUUGAUCAAGGGCAAGGCCCUUUCCUUGCAGGCACAGGCGGAUUUGCAGCAGAUAUGCGUGGCAUGGCCUGGUGUCCUGAUUUUGUGGUCGGCGAUUUUGCCACGUCGUAAGUGGCGUGAAGGUCUUGACGCCCGGGGUAUGAAUGAGGCAAGACGCAGGGCUAAUAGUGCUCUUUUAAAAGCUCUGGGUAAUGGGUUGGGGAUUUAUUUGCCCCACCCCAGAAUACGGGCUGCUGCUGCCCACCUCUACAGGGGUGACGGAGUUCACCUCUCAGAGGCAGGUAACGAACUUUUUCUCGAAGAUUUACGGCAAGGGCUCAGGAUGGCCAUAAGCCAC